AUUUCAUUCUUCCCUAAAAUCGUCCAUAAACUGAAACCGGAAGUGAUGGGUUUGUGCCGAAUGACAUGUUGGAUAGUAAUUGUUGUGUUUGGAGUUGUAGGUCAUCUGGCCUUGACUCAGACACCUCCCUGUCACGGACACGGUGCCCUUAAGAUGGGUAUGUGCGUUUGUGAUGAAGGUUAUAUUGGUGUUAACUGCUCCUCAAGAGAGAUAGACCAAUGCAUAGCUCCGGGAGAUAAUUCCGUCUGUUCAGGACACGGGGAUUGUAUAGAUGGAAUAUGCCUUUGUCAGUCCAGAGGUGAUGAUUUACAUAGAUUUUCGGGUACGUACUGUGAAUGUGAUGACCACAGCUGUCCAUACUUUGACGAUGAAGUUUGCGGGGGAGACGACAGGGGCUGGUGUGAGUGUGGAACAUGUCGAUGUAAUAAUGGAUUCACGGGCGAUGACUGCUCCUGCACUACCGCCACAGACAGAUGUAUGGCUGACGACGGGUCUAUUUGUAGUGGAAACGGCAACUGUCGCUGUAAUGAAUGUGUGUGUAUAAAUGGCUACGGCGGACAGACAUGUAGUGAUAUGAAAGAGGUGGAACGGAAACAAACUCCAUCCAAGUCCUUCAUGUCGGAUUCUACAGAUAUGUGUAAUCUAUGGAUUCCAUGUGUUCUUUGUGUGGGUUUCAAUACUGGCGAUAAAGAUGCUGAGGAAUGUGAAGAAGAUUGCAGCAUAAAUAGAAUAGAAGUGGUAGAGACAUUACCAGACACACCAGGCAACAGUGUUUGUGAACACAAAGAUACAGACCAAUGCACUGUCACUUUCUCGCACACUGAUGAGUCAUUUUACGCCAUGUCUGUAUUCGUUCAGUCACACAAAGAAUGCCCUGCGCCUAUACCUACACCGGAAGCGGAAGUAAUGAAAGCUGACCAGUUAUCGGACGAUACAAACAAUGAUGAAGAUAAUGACAAUUCAAAUGGCUCGUGUCAACUUCACAACACGUGUCAUUUCCUAUAUCUCAUCUGUCUACUGUCUACAGUAUCUUUCCUAUUGUCAUAAAUUUUGAAUAAUUUGAAACACAAUUUUUAAAAGUAAAGUUUUGUAUUUAAUUUUCAACAUGUAGGUGAGAAUAUUCCUAAAGAGGCAUUCUUAAAUGACGUCGAUAUAUGUCAUAUGUAGCAUCAUGUAAAUAUGAUUACUUUUGGAUCCCUCGGUCAAGACAAAAGAACAGUCCUGAAAAAGCAAGACAUAGAUUUAUUCCAUUCUAUGACUAUCAUAUUCUGUAGCAAACUUUCGUUGGAAACGAAAUAGAGAACAAGAUUUUACAGAAUGUCAGACGGAAUAUGACAUUUGUUGUAACAGACGCUUCACUUCUUCGUAUAUGUACAUGAAUAAUUUUAUACUCUUCAAUUAGAAUCAAUCACCAUCCCUAAUAGCGAUGAACUACCGCAAGACAAACUACACUAAAACCCAUUUACUAUAUAUAGUCCUGUCUUAAUUUCCACAGCAAACUGAUGUUGAUCGGGAAAUUCGUAAUGAAUAAUUUGUACGCGAUAAAAGUGGAUCAAUAGAAGAGGAGCAGAAUCAUCGCAUUUGCUUAGGACUUGAUUUAUAAGUAAAAUGUCCUAUCAGAAAUAUAAGGUAAAGAUAUUUAUCUAUUCGAAAG